UUAAUCUUCAUAACACAAAACAUGACUAGACAAAACAAACCUUGAUUCCCUCAUUUUCAUGGCCAAAUUACACAGUCCAAAACCCCUUCUUAAAACCCUAAAAUCCCAAAAAACCCUAAUUUCAUCUCUCAAUUUUUUCAAUUCUUUUAUCAACAACAAUCCAAAUUAUAAUCCAACACCUACAAUCUAUCACCACAUUUUAACAAAAAUUUCAAAAUCCCCAAAUCAAAAUAGCCUGACAAAAAUCCCAGCAAUCUUAUCUUUAAUUCAAUCCAAGAAAUGCAUUUGUAAUGAAGAUAUUCCAUUAAUUGUAAUUAAAAUGUAUGCUAAUAAUUUAAUGGUUGAUAAAAGUUUGGAAAUUUUUAGAAAAAUGAAAGAAAUUUUUGGGUGUGAGCCUGGUGUGAGGUCUUAUAAUACUGUACUUAAUAGUUUGAUUGAAUCAGGCAGGUUCGAUCACUCGGGUUUGUUUUUUAAGAGGUUUAGGAAAAUGGGUAUUGUUCCAAAUUUGGAAAGUUACAAUCUUUAUAUGAAAAUGUUGUGUAAAAAGAGGGAAUUUGGGAAAGUUAAGGAAGUUUUGGAGUGGUUGUGGGAGCGGAAAAUGGGGCCGGAUUCGGUUAGCUAUGGGACGUUGAUUAAUGGGUUGGUUAAGAAUGGGGAGAUGGGAGACGCGGUUAAGGUGUUUGAUGAAAUGUCUGAACGAGGUGUGAGAGCAGAUGUGAUGUGUUUUAAUAUUUUGAUUGAUGGGUUUUUUGAAAAAGGCGAGGUUUUGAAAGCGUGUGAGGUGUGGGAGAGGUUAGUUAGGUCGUCGGAUGUGUAUCCGGAUGUAAGUAGUUAUAAUGUUAUGAUUAGUGGUUUUUGUAAGUGUGGGAAAGUUGAGGAGAGUUUGAGGAUUUGGGAAAGAAUGAAGGGGAAUGAGAGGGAAAUGGAUUUGUUUACGUAUAGUGCGGUUAUUAAUGUGUUUUGUGAGUCAGGGAAUGUUGAAGGGGGUAUGAUGAUUUUUAGGGAGAUGGUAACGAAAAGAGUGUGUCCUGAUGCUGCAGUAUAUAAUGUGUUGCUUAAUGGGUUUUGUCGUUCUGGGAUGAUUAACGAAUGCUUUGAAUUGUGGGAUCUUAUGGAGAAGGAUGAUUGUAGGAAUGUAAUUAGUUUUAAUAUAUUUAUUAAGGGGAUGUUCGAAAAUAAGAAGGUGGAGGAAGCAAUUUCUUUGUGGCAGCAAUUGCAUGAAAAAAAUAGUUUCAGUGUGAAUUCGACUACCUAUGGCAUUUUGAUCCAUGGUUUAUGUCAGAACGGGUAUGUAGAUAAGGCUUUUACAGUUUUAAAAGAAGCAGAAGAUAUAAAUGAUAAUAAUCUUGAUGUUUAUGCAUUUUCUUCAAUGAUCAACGGAUUUUGUAAUGUUGGGAGGUUGAAUGAUGCUCUUUCCGUGUUAGAUGGAAUGGUUAAGAACGGCUAUAAUCCAAACACAAAUGUUUGUAACACACUAAUUAAAGGAUUUAUUCAAGCUCGUAAAAUCAAGGAUGCUAUCGGCUUCUUUGAUAAGAUGGUGAGUAUGGGUAGCUCCCCAACUAUUGUCACCUACAAUACACUAAUUGAUGGAUUAUGCAAAGCACAACGUUUUGAUGAAGCUUAUUGCCUUGUGAGGGAAAUGCUGGAAAAGGGAUUGACACCCGAUAAGAUCACUAAUAGUUUGUUAAUGCGUGGUUUAUGUCAAGACACAAAGGUGGAGAUGGCUCUUAAGUUGUGGCAUCAGGUCAUCGACAAUGGUUUUAAACCUGAUGUAAUUAUGUACAAUAUUAUUUUGCACGGGCUUUGUUUGGUAGGAAAUGUUGAAUAUGCAUUGCAGCUGUAUUUAAAGAUGGGUGAACACAAAUGUGUUCCAAAUCUUGUUACUUUCAACACUUUAAUGGAAGGUUUUUACAAAGUUAGGGAUUGUGUAAAGGCAUCAAGUUUUUGGGCCCGGAUAUUGAAAAGUGGCUUUAAGCCUGAUAUCAUCUCGUAUAACAUUGUACUUAAGGGCCUCUGUUCUUGUAAUAAGAUACCAGAUGCGAUUUGUUUUUUGAAUGAUGCGAUUGUGAGGGAGAUUGUACCAUCUGCUGUUACAUGGAAUAUACUUGUGAGGGCAGUUUUGAGGUAACAACCUUUGUUGUGGUAAUGCGGAAAUUAACUGUGGUAAAAUGACAAAGUGGCUGCUUGCAACUCGUCUAAAGGUUAAUGGUUGAGAUGCUGGUCACUUGCAUCAAUAAUAAAAGACCAAGCUCGAAUAUGAUGUGCUCGGCGUUGCAUCUUGCUCCUGUACUCCUUAUACAAAAGGUACUUACGUAACUUAUUAUAUACUUUAGUACAACAUAAGGACUUGUUAGUCUCUA